AUGGGUGCCACCACUUCAAAAGUUCUAGAUAUUGAGGAAGUUGAGGAAAUUUCCAAGGAAACUGGAUUUUCGCCCAAACAGAUUCAUCGACUCUACAAUCGUUAUGUUUCAUUAGAUCGGUCGAAGGCAGGACAUCUAAAGCGUCAAGAUUUUCUCCUUAUUCCUGAAUUGGCUAUUAACCCAUUGGGCGAUCGAAUUAUUAACGAAUUCUUCAAAGGGGGCGAAGAACUGAACUUCCGUGACUACAUGCGAAAACUCGCACGCUUCCGGAAACCAACAUCAAACAAUCAGACUGAGUACAACAGCCGAGAGGCCAAAUUACAAUUUCUUUUUGGGAUGUACGACCUAGAUACUGACGAAAAAAUAUCUCGGAGUGAAUUGCUCAGUGUUCUGCAGAUGAUGGUCGGCGCUAAUGUGACGAUGGAUCAAGCUGUUGAAAAUGUGGACAUCGAGAACAAGAUGAGUAUUCACUUUCUGGAUUAA